AUGUUAAUCCAACAUUCUAAGAGUAAGGCAAUUUGGCGAAUUGCAGACUAUUUCUAUCGAAACAAGGAAUCUAAGCAAUUAUGUCGAAUUAAUCAACUUGAAUGGAAUCAACAGAUUCAUGUUAGCAUUAUUUUAGCGAUUCAGCAGCAGGGUUACUGGGUUCAAUAUUUUCUUCAUCAAGUUAAUCAAUACUAUCAAACCAGCCAUGAUGAAUAUUUUAGUGUUGUCUUGGUUGAUUUCGGCAGUACCGACAUCGACAUUCCAGCCUUAUUGCGUAGCAGCUCAUUUAAGAAAAUUCAGUUAGUCCAAUUAGGACGUAAACAUAAACGAUUUAGUCGAAGUGCUGGUAUCAAUGCUGGCGUUCAAGCCAUUAAUAAUCGUCGCAGCAUUAUUGUAGCUUAUGAUUUACACUUAAAUUUACCUCUUGAUCUAAUUGACAAUGUUCGUAAGCGUUGCUUUCCCGGUAAAACUGUCUAUAUGCCCAUUUUACUACGCUUACACUGUAAUGCAUCACCGAAUGAUCCAAAUGGGGAAUGGGAAGAGUAUGGAUUUGGUAUUAUGGCACUUUAUCGAGAGGAUUUUCUGCGUAUUGGCGGUUAUAAUGCAUCACAGUUUCGUUAUCGAUGGGGUGGUGAAGAUUCUGCAUUCCUUAAUCAAUUACUUUAUCAUCAUUACGAUAUUGAGCGCGUUUGCCAUCCCAAAUUAUAUCAUCAUUUUCAUCGACGAUUACCAUGGAAGAAAGGUACCGUAGACGAUUUUGUUGCUAAUGUUGCUCUCUUAUUUCAUAUUUGA